AUGAAUCGAUUCAGAACCAAGAAGAAGGCAAAGGAGGAUGCGUCGGCCGGCCGUCCCAGCCAUGAUGGCGAGCAAUAUUCGCUGCCCUCCUUCAAGGGCUUCAGAAGAGGAAAGAAAUCGAGUGAGGAACCGAAGAAGGAGAUCGACUUGACGAGCGCUCUGCCCUCCAACGACGACUUUCGCACCAGCCUCUUGAUGACCAACCUCUCUGCCCGCUUUUCUAUGCUGAGGGAGCAAGAUGACCCCAACACCAAGAUCGGCAAGGCCAGCGACGACAGCGUGCUCUUGCCGAGGCGCCAGUCCCGGCUCGCCGAUUUUGGCUUCAGCGGAGGCCUUGGUGGGCUCGCCGACAUCGCCGAAGUCGAGUCGAUCAGGGCACCACCUUCUUUUACUCGGAUGAACUCGUUCGCCUCGGACGACGCCGAUUCGACGAAGGGAGGAAGCAUCAUGAACCGUGCUAAGCCGACCGAGGGCAACAACUUGUUUGGUGGAAGGCAGAAGAUUUACAAGAUUCCAGUCAGCGGCUCCACUGCAAAAAACCAGGGGAGUGGUGGGAUGGGCGGGCGAGCACUUUAUGAAGACGAUGUUGCUUCGUCGGCCUUUCAACUCUGGAGGCAAGCGGAGAGGAAGAGGCGGUCGCUGGAUGGCGAUGACCAACCAGCCGAGUCCCAGGGCCUUGAAUACGAAGAGGAGCCUCGUCGGUCCGAGUCUCCCGGACCCCUGGGGUACAAUAGGAGGCGCGAAACAUCGUCGACCACUUCAUCAGCAUCCGCUGUUGCCCGCAACUCCACCGCUGCCACCUCGAUAACGUCCCAACCACCGACGCUGUCGAUAAAGGAUUGGCAGUCGACGUCAACUGCGCCGCCAUCAGCCGCCUCGACUCCAGUGUUGGAGAGGAACGUCACUCGUACAAGACGGUUGUAUGAGCAAGGGCUGACCCAGGAUCUCCACGAUCAACAGUCGUCCGCCCUAUCUCGGAUGGACACACUUGGCCGUCAACGAAAUAUCGGGACUCGAACGCCGGACCUCGUCUACAACUCCCCGUCCCCAACGAACUUCGGCUUCAGUGACCGAUUUGCCGGCGAACGAAGGCCCAUCUUGGCCAAGGCUAGCGCCCCGAACCUGAGGUCCAUCAGCCCCCCUACUACUGGUUCAUUUCCCGGAACCACGCCCGGCCUGGCAGAGGCGAGGGCCAAUUUUGGCGGAUCCCCGCCUCUAAGCCCGCCCAUCAGCGAAACUGGCGACAAUUCGUUGCUUCCCAUUCAACCCAACGAUCGCGGAAAGGCCACUGCCUUGGGCGUCUUCCACAAGCCAGUCCAGGCAUAUGACGAGUCUAAAUAUGCUCAACGGCAACUCCAGCUCCGGCAAGGUCGGGAGACCCCAACCCAACAGCGGGUCAGGACCGAAUCGAACGCUUCAUUUGCGACUGGCCGAUCCCGGUCAUCCUCGUCGGUCCGGGGACAGUCACUUGAUACAAGAGUGGACACUCCGACAAAGGUUGAAUCGGCGCGCCAGGAGAAACCCACGACACUCACGUUCUUGAAUGAUUCCGACGAUUCUGCCCCCGUCGUCGAGUCGAGGGCCGGAGGAGCCCCUCAAUCGCUCAGUCGGCCCUCCGACAAGGACCACCCAGCCUUCAGAGAAUCUGCCCUUCCGACUCCUCUUUCGGCCAACGACAAGAUAUCAGAAGAGUCGUCCCCGAAUUCCGAGAAUCUGGACAGCUCCGUUGCAAAUUCCCGCCAGGACUCGCCAGCCGAUUCGCCCACCCUGGGCCCGACGGCUGGUCUGAGCGGAAUGGUACGCCAGCAUUUGCGAUCAGAAAGCAAUGCAUCGUCCAAUUACGGCGCCCCUCCGCAGAUUGGCGAGUUUGACUCCAGCUUCCUUCUUGACGAUGGCCAUGACACUAGAGUGAUGGACACACUUGACGCGAACUCGAAUCCAUGGACCUCUUCGGGACAAGAUUGGCGGCUGUCGCUGUCUGGACUUGCUGCGGGGCAUAACCAGGGAGAAGACAAGGAAUCGGGUGGCGAGAAGGAGAGUCGAUACGAUUUGCAAACGCGGGACUCGUCGAGCAAUGAGAUGGAAAAUGAGACAGACGAGUUCGCCAGCCAACUUGCCAAUGCCCGCCGCCGCGUGCGGGAGCGGCUGACUUCGUACGUCGAAUCGGACAGCAGCCGAGGGACGUCGCCUCACCGGCAGCCCGAGACUUCGUCGAAGGUCUUGGCGAACCAAGUACCACAGUCGGGCAAUCCGUUGGGGAUCGGAAUCUUGAAGCCAAAAUCGAGUCGUGGGUCUCUCAUCGACCGCUCACGCACCAUCUCUAGCUCCCAGUCCAAGGCCAUGAAGAUGCUUGGGAUUGCGGGCUCGACCAUGAGCACCUCACCGAGCCCAAAUAAGCCGACUUUCGAUGACAAGGACACCUCUCUGCUCGCUACUAUGGAGGAAGAGCCGCCGACGAAGGAGGGAACACGGGUCAUGUCAGAAGUCGCCGGCGAGGCGAAAGAGUCGGCUGAGGCAAAGUCGCUGCGGGAGGAGGACGAAAGCGAUAACACGCACCCCGGACUGCGAGCCUUUCGACAGGCUAGACGGGAAUUGCAGAGGCGCAAAGAACUAGAAACCCUCGCGAAGCACCAAGCUGCCCAGACUAGCCAACUCGCUUCCGAACGCGCCGAGCAAGCUUCAGAGAGCCAAUCAAACCACACCAACGAGCACGGAAACUGGGACCACAACCCGCGUCGCAUAGCACCCCGCCAACGCGGCCCAAGCGAAGAGUCCAGGCGUGGUGUGGGCGCGAAUUCCAACCCGGCUUCCCGACAGGCAUCGACGGAGCGGAAUCGUAGCAGCUCGGAGACCAGCGGGGCUUCGUCGCAUGGCCGACCCGCACGGCUCAGGAAUAAUUCGAAUGCAUAUGAUGAUCAGCUGCGACCGAAUGGCGGGCCCCGGCCGCCGAUGCGCUCACCCGGCCUUCCGGGCACAGACAUCAGGCGUUCCCCCAUCAUGCCCCCACAAGCCUACCCCGGCUCCAACACGGCCUCGCCCAUGCCCUCACCAAGCUAUCUUGACAGAUCGAACAGCCCCGGAAACUUGACUGUGCAGCCAAGUCGUGGUGGCUAUGAUUCACUGUCGGGUUAUCCAUCGCCCAGCUCACCACACGACAACUCCAUGGGCCUCCCCCCUUCGCCCUUCCACAAGGGCAGCGGCUCGGGUGCGGCCACGCCAACCAACGGCGCACAGUCGAGACGACCGUCGGCUCCGCAGUCGCCCGCGUUCAGCACGACCACCAGCACUUUGAACGAGUCUCUGAAGAGGGUCGUCAAGAAGGACGACAUCUCGGAGCCAACCUUCAUCAUGUCAACAAGCCGCGUGCCUACCGUGAACCUUCCUUACUCGGCCUCGGCUAUCGAUAGCCCUAGCAAUUCACGGUCUCGGAGUGGGUCCAGGUCUCGUUCAAAUAGCAACACCACUGGACACAACGCACCACCAUUGCCGCCAAUCAAUCCCCGUCGGAAAUGGGAAGGCUCGCGGACUCGGGGCGACCACAUCCCCUUUUCUAACAACACCAUCGUCCUCGCUCUCCCCCACAAAAAGUGCCGCGCCACGCUCCCGCCCAAGCUAGCCUCCUCGGAACCCGCGAACCGCAUCGCGCCGUACGUCUGGACCCUGCAGUACACGCACCUCUGCCCGCGGCACUGCUUCAUGCUCGACGACGGCGCCGGCAGGGCCGUCGGCUACGUCAUCGGCUGCCCGGACGCCUUCGCCUUCGCGGCCGCGUACCCGCGGUACGUGGCCGAGGUCCUCGGGGGCCCAGGAGGAGGCGCCGACGACGUGCCGGUCCCGCCGCAGCUCGACUCGCUCGAGCCGUGGUCGGUGCCCGGGACCGACGACGCCGUCAACGAGACGUGCCUGGCGCAGCUGGCGUAUAGCGCCCGGUGGCUGCUGCUCGAGGGGGUCGAGGGGAAGGCGGAGCUGGUGAGGACGUACCGGGCUACGAUGCACAUCGACUUGUUGCCUGGGUUCCAGGGUCGGGGUUGGGGCCGGAGGCUUGUCGAGAGGUUCGUCGAGAGCGUUAGGCUUGCCGGGGCGGGGGGGGGAGGUGAUGGCGCGUCGCCGGUGGACCAUGGCAAGGGGAUCCACAUCGGGGUGUCGGGCGAGAACACAAAGGUGCUCCCGUUUUACGAGAAGCUGGGGUUCCGGGUUUACGAGGGUGGUGAGAAGGAAGGAAAUGUUUGGAUGGUUCGGGACGUCUGA